AUGAGUUUUCUCAAUCAUGCUUCUAAGCACAAGAUGCUAUUUAUUAGGUUGUUGCGAUUUCCAAAGAGUAUAAACUCACAAUUUGCCCACAAUUAUCACAAAAGAGUGAAUAACAUCAAAUGGUCCAGCAAAUCUAAAGUGUCAGGAGGAAGGAACCCAGAUGAGGAAACAUCACUGUACAAAACUCAGAAUUCAAGAAGGGUAUCAACAGAACUUCAGAAGUUGGCUCACGAUGACUUUUCGUCCAAGUGGGACAGGCCUGCAAGACUUAAGCCAUCCUCGGAGGCUUCGGACAAAUAUGAGAUAGUGUUUGGUGUCUCUCCAUGUCUCCUUGCUCUCACCCAAGCUCGCAGGAAGGCACUGAAGCUGUUUGUGAAAGAUGGUGAGCCCUCACACAGGUCCUCGCUUAUCAGAGUAUGCGAGGAAGCGCACAAGCGACAAGUUCCAAUCCAGCGGGUUGGUAAAAAAGACCUGGACAGGAUGUCUUCAGGUCGGGUUCAUCAAGGGGUUUGCCUAGAAGCCACACCACUAAGCUACCUGACAGAAGACUCGACCCCGAGUUUAAACUCUACACCUCUCUGGCUUGUUCUGGACGGGAUUCAAGACCCAAUGAAUCUCGGAGCCGUCUUACGCUCGGCGUAUUUCCUCGGCGUGGACCGAGUGGCCAGCAGCGUCCAUAACAGCUGCCCUUUGACCCCGGUGGUUAGCAAGGCCAGCGCUGGCAUCAUGGAGGUGAUGGGUGUGUACGGGUACAAAGACCUGGAAAACAUGGUCCGGGUCAAGGCAAGCCAAGGUUGGCGGGUGGUCGGUACAGUGGGGGCCGAGGCGCGGGAAUCCAGCGUUCCUGUCACGCCGUGUUCAAAUUUGCGGCUGACUGCACCCACGCUGUUGCUUAUUGGAGGAGAGGGUGACGGAUUGUCUCAGAAGCUUCUGGAGUUGUGUCAGAUGCUUGUGACUAUUCCACCAGGGAGACAACUGCUACUUGGCGUGGAGUCGCUUAACGUGUCCGUGGCUACAGGAAUCUUGCUUCACUCGCUGUUGGCCUCAUCCAGACCUGCAUGA